GACGUCGCGCUAGGGGCGGAUCUGAAACGUCGCCAUGAUUGGGUCUGGUUAGCUCCUGCUCCAGGCUGUGCAUCGUUUGCCCUCGAAGUGUGCGUUUAUUCACCAUAAACCUCACUCUGCGUUUAUUCUGCCCACAUUUUAUCAAGUGUUGAACACGCAAGCUGAACCUCCAGCCCCGGAUCGUCCGCUGUCUGUGCUCGUAGUCCCGAGAGCCGCAAGGGGCGGUGGGCUCUUCCAGCUGGGGCCAGUUAGCUGAAUACUAGCCUAUUAGCUUACGUUUCCGGGGACAUAUCUUUGAAAUAAGAGCGAAACGAGUUCGUGGAGGACACUGUGGGUGCUGGACUGCUAAUUUGUGUGUGAGUUUGUGCGGAGGACUUCGAGCCCGUGUGUGGUUCUGCUUCAGCUCUAAAUAGGCGCUGAAACGAGCUGGCAUCGCCCAAAGUCUUCACGUCUACACGCUGUGGUUGGGUGAGAGGAAAGCACCAUGUCUGAAGGCGAGUCUAAAGUCACUCAGGACCCAGUGCAGGAGGUGAAGGACCCCACCCCAGCAGCAGCAGCAGGUGGAGCAGCAGGGGGAGCAGGGGCCUCCGUCUCUCCCCCUGUGUCUGUGGUGGCUCAGGCCCCUCCCUCCACCUCCUCCACCACAGCCUCCGCUGCUGCUGCCACAGAGGAUGAGGAGGAGGAGAGCGAGGACGAGUCGGAGAUCCUGGAGGAGAGCCCGUGUGGACGCUGGCAGAAGCGCAGAGAGGAGGUGAAUCAGCGAAACGUCCCUGGAAUAGAUAAUGCCUACCUGGCCAUGGACACAGAGGAGGGGGUGGAGGUGGUGUGGAAUGAAGUCAUGUUUUCAGAAAGAAAAAACUUCAAGCUACAAGAGGAAAAGGUGAAAGCUGUCUUUGACAACUUGAUCCAGUUGGAGCAUUUGAACAUUGUCAAGUUUCAUAAGUACUGGGCGGACGUCAAGGAGAACCGAGCCAGGGUCAUUUUUAUCACAGAGUACAUGUCGUCUGGAAGCCUCAAGCAGUUCUUAAAAAAGACAAAGAAAAACCACAAAACAAUGAAUGAAAAGGCCUGGAAACGCUGGUGCAUCCAGAUCCUGUCUGCGCUCAGUUACCUUCACUCAUGUGAGCCUCCCAUCAUACACGGCAACCUGACAUGUGACACUAUUUUCAUCCAGCACAACGGACUCAUCAAGAUCGGCUCUGUUGCCCCAGACACCAUAAAUAACCAUGUGAAGACGUGCAGAGAGGAGCAGAAGAGCCUUCAUUUCUUUGCUCCAGAGUAUGGAGCUGUUGCCAAUGUGACCACAGCUGUGGACAUCUACUCCUUUGGGAUGUGUGCCUUAGAGAUGGCCGUGUUGGAGAUCCAAAGUAAUGGCGACUCGUCCUAUGUUUCUCAAGAAGCCAUAAACAGUGCCAUUCAGAGUCUGGAGGAUCCUCUGCAGCGAGAGUUCAUCCAGAAGUGUCUAGAGGUGGACCCCAGCAGGAGGCCCACAGCUCGAGAGCUUCUGUUCCAUCCAGCUCUGUUUGAAGUGCCCUUAUUGAAGCUGCUGGCAGCCCAUUGCAUCGUCAGCCACCAGCACAUUAUUGCUGAGAAUGCAUUGGAGGAGAUGACCAAGAACAUGGAUCCCAACCUGGUGAUUGUUGAAGCAAAGGAAGGAGUCCAGAUGAAGCUCUCUCAGUUUCCUGCGCUGGAGCUGGACAAGUUCCUAGAAGAUGUCAGGAAUGGUAUCUACCCUCUGACGGCCUUCGGGAUGCCCUGUCCACAGCAGCCUCAGCGAGAGGCAGUCAAAUCACCCAUAGUUCCUCCAUCUGUAAAGACCCCUACUCCUGAACCUGCCGAGGUGGAGACCAGGAAGGUUCUCCAGAUGCAGUGUAACAUUGAGCCUGUAGAUGAAGGCUCGAAGCAUCAUCUCACACUGUUGUUGAAACUUGAGGAUAAACUCAACAGGCAUCUAAGCUGUGACUUGUUGCCAAAUGAGAAUGUGCAGGAGUUGGCAGUGGAGCUUUUUCAGUUGGGAUUCAUCAGUGAGGGUGAUCAGCCUAAACUGGCAUCGGUUCUUGAAGAGGCCUUCUCCAAGUUCUAUAGUAGAAACGACAAUCUCAAUCCAGUCACAGUGUCUUCAUAGCGGCAACUGUAAAACAAAUUUAAGCAUUAACCUCCUCUGUGCUACGCUCAGGGACUGACACUAGUGUUAGCCUCCCUCUGUGCUACGCUCAGGGACUGACACUAGUGUUAGCCUCCCUCUGUGCUACGCUCAGGGACUGACACUAGUGUUAGCCUCCCUCUGUGCUACGCUCAGGGACUGACACUAGUGUUAGCCUCCCUCUGUGCUACGCUCAGGGACAGACUAGCGUUAGCCUCCCUCUGUGCUACGCUCAGGGACUGACACUAGUGUUAGCCUCCCUCUGUGCUACGCUCAGGGACAGACUAGCGUUAGCCUCCCUCUGUGCUACGCUCAGGGACAGACUAGCGUUAGCCUCCCUGUGCUACACAGAGACUGACUCGAGCCUCUCUGUGCUGCAUUCAGGGCCAGCCUAGCAUUAGCGUCCCUCUGUGCUGGGGAGACGCUGCCACUAAGUGGUUCUCUCUCUUGGUUCAGCCAUCUGCUUCUCUUCUGAAGAGAGCUUUAGUGUAUAUAUCAGGACAAUGGGCUGCUCUCUGGGCUUAUUCUUCUCUCUAUAGUGACCGAGUGGAUUUGAGCUGGACAGAGCAGUGUUUUUCUUCAGUCAGUAUUAAACUUGUAGUAUUUUUACUGUGGACUGCUGUGUGGAAUGGGCACAUGUAAACUGGUGUAGGUUACAGUGGUUUUCUAUCGAGUAGAAACUGAAGCAUCGUCCACUGCUCUGCUCACAACCAUACAGUUACAGAGGAAAGACGAGCUUCUACUCACUUUAUAUGGGACUGUGGGUGUUUGCAUGGCCAGGACAGAUCACUAGGAAUGUGGUUGUUCGCAUUGGUAGGAUUGGCCCUCACACAUACACGUUAGUGGAACCAAACUUGUAUAAUGAUCCUGUCAGUACUGACUAAGCUAUUACUAUUUAUUGCGAGUCUGUUUCUCUGUCAACACAAAUGCCAAUGGUUAUUUGAAUAUGUGCAUCAUAUUGUAAUUGGAAAAAUAUGCAACAUAAAUUGUAAGAUUGGAUUUACUCAACAUUGCAAUGCAUUCAAUGAAGAUGUAUUUGCUUAACCCAAAGUAUUUUCUUCAUUAUUUCCAUGUUACAUAAAUGGACUGCUCCUUUGCACAAAUGAUCCGGACUGUGUGGAGGUCACAGCGUAGGAUCCAUGUGAGGGUGGAAAUGUGAAAUGAUGUUAGACGUUGUAUUGUGUUCUAGUUGUGUACACCAGGUUAACAGGAUGAGUGUGGGCUGGGCUUCAGUUUGUUUAACACUUUAUGCGGGGCACUGUUUCUGCAAUGCAUUUACUCCUUUUUCCACGUCAUAAAAAUAAAUUAAAAAAAAUUCACCCAC